GCUAUAGAGAUCACCAUAAAUGGUAAUACAGCGUUGUAGUUUGUCUAUAAAUUAAGUUUCCACUUUACUCAAAGAACCCAUCACAUGCACCAUUGAUUAUCUUUGUUUAUCAACCCUUCCUUCUCUUAUGGCCUCAAUAAGCUUAAUUGGCGUUUCCAUAACCAUCAUUUGCUUACUCAUCCUCCAUCGCUUCCUCUUCAAGAAACCUCUUUACCGGUUCUUUAGAAUAAGCUGGCCGGUGUUGGGGAUGGUUCCGGAUCUUUUCCUGAUGCUCCACCGUAUCUAUGACUCUAUUGUGGAGCGUCUUGAAAGCACGGAGUUGACAUUUUUAUUCAAGGGACCGUGGUUCGCUGGAAUGGAUAUGCUAAUCACAGCUGAUCCAGCCAACAUCCACUACAUAUUAAACUCAAACUUCUCCAAUUUUGUUAAAGGUUCCGAGUUCAUAGAAGUCUUUGAUGCCUUCGAGUGUGCGUUACUCACAAAGGACUCGGUGGCAUGGAAGACUCAGAGGAAAGCUACUCAGGUCAUGAUCAACCAUCAAGGGUUUCAAAGAUUGUCAAUGAGUACCAUUAGAAGUAAAGUGAAGGACGGCCUUGUUCCAGUUCUUAAUCAUAUAGCUGAAGAAGGCACAACUGUAGAUCUGCAAGAUGUGUUCCGGAGGUUCACGUUUGAUACAAGUCUAGUUACAAUAACCGGGUGUGAUGAUCCUAGAUCUCUCUCCAUUGAAAUGCCAGAGGUUGAGUCCGCUAAAGCUUUCGACGAUAUAGUAGAAGGCGUUUUCUAUAGGCAUGUUAAACCUAGACUCUUGUGGAAGCUACAAAAAUUGAUUGGAGUCGGGAUAGAGAAGAAGAUGACAGAAGCUGGUGCCGUUUUUGAUCGAGUGUGUGCGAAAUACGUAUCAGCUAGGAAGGAAGAGAUAAAAAGAUCACAAGGGAUUAAUUCCAGUGUAGAAAGUGAAGAUCUUUUGACAUCUCACAUAAAGCUUGAUACAACCAAGUACCAGCUCUUGGAUCCUAUCAAUGAUAAGUUCCUCAGAGACAAUGUCUUAGCUUUACUUCUAGCUGGGAGAGAUACCACUGCCUCUGCUCUCACUUGGUUCUUCUGGCUUUUGUCCGAAAACCCUAAUGUGAUGACUAAAAUUCGGCAAGAGAUUGACAAGAUUCUCCCAAGAAGUAGUAGUGGCCAAGAGAAGCCAUCUUAUGAUCCAAUGGAGCACUUAAACAAGCUAGUGUAUCUACAUGCCGCAUUGUGUGAGACGAUGAGGCUUUACCCACCGGUUCCUCUGGAGCGUGUGUCUCCUCUAGAAUCAGAUGUGCUUCCAAGUGGACAUAAAGUCGAAGCAAACUCGAAGAUUUUGAUUUUCAUUUAUGCGGUGGGUAAGAUGAGAACCAUAUGGGGAGAAGAUGCAUUAGAGUUCAAGCCAGAGAGAUGGAAUUCAGAGACCGGAGAGUUGAGACAUGUACCUGCCUUCAAGUUCUUAGCAUUCAAUGCCGGCCCGAGAGUAUGCCUAGGUAAACAUAUAGCUAUGAUGCUAAUGAAGAUUGUGGCGGUGGAGAUAUUACAAAACUAUGACAUUAAGGUUGCUAAAGGGCAGAAGUUUGAACCAAACACUAGUUUGUUUCUUCGAAUGAAGCAUGGAUUUAAGGUUACAAUUAACAAGAGGUGUUCCUCUUGAUAUGAGUGAAAUAAUUAUGUUUGUUUUGAGUUUGAUUUUAAAUUCAUAGUCUAAGAGUAUUAAAUAAGGAGAAAAAUGUAAGUGUGAUCUACGUACCUUAAGUUUCAGCUUGUAAUGAGGUUUUAUUGUAUGCUUAAGCUUUUAUAUUUGAUGAAUGGGGUUUUGAAGUUUGGUCG